AUGUCAUCAAUCUUUCCAAAUUGGUUUACUGAAACGAUGUUACUUCAUCGAAAAAAUUUUGGAACCGAACAAAUCAAUGGAGAUAUAACCGCUGAACGUUUAAAAUAUCUUCUUGGCAUUCAAUAUUAUUCAAAUUUAUUUUCACCAUCAAUUUUAAAUCUAUCGUCAUCAGGAACAAGUGAGAAAUCGGAAAAAACUGAAGAAGAUGAAGAAGAACAAGAACAUGAACAUGAAGAGCACGAGGAAAACGAAGAAACUGAUACCUAUAAAUGUAAUGAUUGUGACAAAUAUUUUGCAACUUCUCAUGGCCUAGAAGUUCAUGUUCGACGUACACAUUCAUCCGAGUUAAAGCCGUAUCCAUGUGAUUUAUGUCCGAAAACAUUUGGUCAUUCAUUAUCACUUGCACAACAUCGAACAACUCAUACACAAGAACGUUGCUUUCAAUGUAAAACAUGUGGAAAAUGUUUCAAGCGAUCGUCAACAUUAUCGACACAUCUAUUAAUACAUUCAGAUACUCGACCGUAUUCAUGUGUUCAUUGUGGUAAACGAUUUCAUCAAAAAUCUGACAUGAAAAAACAUACAUAUAUUCAUACGGGAGAAAAACCUCAUAAAUGUAUUGUUUGUGGCAAGGCUUUUUCUCAAUCAUCAAAUUUGAUUACACACAGUCGUAAACAUACGGGCUUUAAACCAUUUCAAUGUCACAAAUGUUUACGUGCAUUUCAACGUAAAGUUGAUUUACGUCGUCAUAUCGAUACACAACAUGGUGCCGAGCAUCUUCAUGGAAAUUUAUCUUUAAAACCAGCUAAUCAUCAUUUACAUCAAAACAGUAAUCAAAAUGAAAUGACAAGUACCAAUGGCAAAUAUGGACCCAUUGGUUCAUUGAUUCAAGAACUUGCUGCUCGACAUUGA